AUGAUUCCACCUGGUACAUUUGCAAAUCUGCACUUGCUACAACAGUUGUUCCUGGGCGGCAACCGGAUAACAAUGAUUCCACCUGGUACACUUGCAAAUCUAACCCAACUCCGCAAGUUGGACCUGUCCGCUAACAAAAUAAAAACGAUUCAGGCUGAUUCUGGUACACUUGCAAAUCUACACUUGCUACAACAGUUGUUCCUGGGCCGCAACCAGAUAACAAUGAUUCAACCUGGUUCACUUGCAAAUCUAACCCAACUCCGCAAGUUGGACCUGUCCGCUAACAAAAUAAAAACGAUUCAGACUGAUGUAUUUGCAAAUCUUUCCCAGCUCAAAGUACUAUUUCUGUCGUUUAACCAGAUAACAAUGAUUCAAUCUGGUACAUUUGGAAAUCUACAUUUGCUACAACAGUUGUUCCUGGGCGAAAACCAGAUAACAAUGAUUGAGGCUGGUGCACUUUCAAAUCUGUCCCAACUCCAGAAAUUGGACCUUCGGUCGAACAAGAUGUUUGCCAUUUUCCCUUUAGCGUAUGGCUUGUCGCCAUCUAUUCCUGUCAUAAAACUUGAGAGAAACCCUUGGCACUGUGAUUGCAGAAUGGCUGCCCUCAGGGCAAACACGACUAAAUUUCCUUCAUUCAAAGAGCACAUAGUAUGUGACCAACCCUCCAAAUUCAAGGGACAGAAGCUUGCAGAGAAAGCCAUGCUAGCCCAACAGCGUAUUCUGUAG